CUGAAUUAUUCACUCCCAACCACAGUCCACACAUCUACUUAUCGGAAUCCCAGGAAAAUUCGCACAAUAAUGUUUCCAUCGAGAACUUCAUCGUACCUCAGGUCGAUCCUCAUCAACCCAACGGUACCGAACAUCCAGAAAUAUCCUCAUCGAAACAGCUUCCUCUCAAACAGUCGAUACAACCCAUCAAAACCUCUAUCAACAACGAGCACAUCAUCCAACAAGAAGCCCACCUACAAGCCUUCACCUUCACCGCCUGCAUUACCACCCAAGGAACAAAAGGAAUUCAUCUCUCUUAUCAAUCAAUCCAAUUCAUCCCCUCAAGACCAAAAUAAUAACAACCAGACUCAUCCGGAUCUCAGAAAUCUCGGGCCAGAAGAAUUCCAUGGUGAUAUCAACCCGAAAACCGGUGAAGUCAAUGGACCUAAACGGGAUCCUUUGAAAUGGCCAAAUGAAUGGGGCUACGGUGGUAGAGCCACUGAUUUUUGA